UGCUGCCCAUUGUUUGGAUUUGAUGUUGGAAGACAUUGCAAAGCUUCCUACAAUCAUGAGAACAAUAAAAAGGGCAAUUGAGCUUACUGGGUAUAUAUAUAAUCGUACUGGUCUCAUAAACAUGAUGAGACAGUUUACAGGGCAAAGGAACUUGCUUAGGCCCGCUAAAACUCGAUUUGCUACAUCCUUUCUCACAUUAUCAAGUAUACAUAAACAAAAGGAAAGCUUGAGAAAGAUGUUUACUUCAAAGGAUUGGACCCGUAGUAAGUGGGCAAAGGAGCUAACGGGAAAAAGGGUGGCUCAAACAAUUCUAAUGGCUACAUUUUGGAACACUGUGGUCUAUAGCCUUAAAGUGUCAGGUCCUAUUGUUCGUGUGCUUCGAUUGGUUGAUGGAGAGAAAAGGCCUGCCAUGGGAUACAUUUAUGAGGCUAUGGAUCGAGCUAAAGAAGCAAUUGAAAAAUCUUUUAAUGGAAGGGAAGAAAGAUACAAAGAAAUCUUUGAAAUAAUAGAUCGAAGGUGGGAUUGUCAACUUCACCGGCCUUUGCAUGCGGCUGGCUAUUUCUUGAAUCCAGAAUUUUUUUAUGAUAAUCGCUCUGAAAUUGAGCGAGAUGAAGAGGUGAUGGCUGGCCUAUACAAAUGCAUACAAAGGUUGGUUCCAAACAUUAAUCAACAAGAUAAGAUUCUUGAAGAGUUGACAUCAUAUAAGAGAGAAGAGGGUCUCUUUGGGUUGGAAAUGGCUAAGAGGCAAAGAAAGAAAAAGGCACCAGCUGAUUGGUGGUCUGCUUAUGGAGCUUCAACUCCAAGUUUACAGCAAUUUGCUGUAAAAGUUCUUAUCCUAACUUGUAGUUCAUCAGGGUGCGAGCGGAAUUGGAGUAUGUUUGAACAUGUGCAUAGCAAGAAAAGAAAUAGGUUAGCACAAUCCCGGAUGAAUGAUUUGGUAUAUAUCAAGUACAAUAGAGCCUUGAAGCGAAGAUAUAAUUUGCGUGACACAAUUGAUCCAAUCUCCUUGAAAGAUGUAGAUGAUAGCAAUGAGUGGUUGAUUGGAAGAGUAGAAGAGGAUGAAGUAGAAGAAUUUGCUGAAGAUGAUCUUGUGUUUAAUGAUGAUAUUUUGACAUGGGGCAAUGUUGCUAGAGCUUCUGGAGUUGAAGAAGAAAGAUUCAACUUCAGAUCAAGAAUGGGAACAUUAGGACAAGCUACAGGUUCAAGUUCUAGUUCACAUCAUGCUCCUCAUGAUGGAGAUGAAGAGGAUGAGGAAAAUGAUGAGGGCUACAAAUCUUGUGAUGAAAAUGAUGAUGGUCCCUUGCUUGAUGAGGAUGAUGAUGAUUAUGUAGAUUAGGAUUUCAUUGCAUAUUUGCAUUG